GACAUAUGUUGAAGUAAAUCACAUUUUAUUAAAACUGAAACAACAUUUGUGAAAUUUGAUACCUUUCACCUCGGUUUAUUCGUUUGAAAUUUAGUUAUUUAUACCUUUCCAACAUUUGUGAAAUUUGAUACCUUUCCAACAUGACAGUCCUGACUCAAAGUAGUUUGGAGUUUCGGCAAUGGAUAGCUGACAUGAAGCUAGUUCAUCAUGUUGUGCAGGGUUCUUGGUUGACUUGGUGGAAUAAGCAAGCAACAAACCCAAUAGCUAAGAGGCUUGACAGAUUCCUAGUUAGUGGAGAGUGGCUGGAUAUAUUUACUAAUAGUGUGGCUCGUACUUUAUCUCCUGGAGUAUCAGAUCAUUGUGGAUUGUUGAUGGAUUCUAGUCCAGAAGUUGAGUCUCUUCCGAAGCCUUUCAAAUAUUUCAAAAUGUGGAGGCAACAUCCAAAGUAUGAGGGGCUGGUAUUAGAAGCAUGGGAUGAGGCAACUUCAGGGGCUUAUUAUAAACAGUUUUAUAGGAAGCUAAAGUUUCUUAAGGAUAAAUUGAAAAAGUUGAAUCGAGAGAGCUAUUCUAAGAUCUCUGCUAGAGCGAGAGAGGCUGAGUUGGAGCUGGCUCACAGGCAAUCUGAAGUUUUGCUUCAUCCUAAUGAGGACAAUACUAUUCUUGAAUUGGAGCAAGCUACCAUCUGUAGUGAAUUACUGAAGGCAGAGGAGAGUCUAUAUCGCCAGAAAUCCAGGGUCAGGUAUGUUCAGGAGGGUGAUGCAAAUACAUCAUACUUUCAUCGAUUGGUGAAAGUAAGAAAUCAUAGGCAAUCUAUCAAAAGACUACUGAAGGAUGAUGGUACAGAGGUCACAACAGUAAAGGAAAUGGGGCAGUUGCAGUGGAGUUCUAUCAACAAUUAUUGGGGAACAAAGAUGUAGUUGUACAAGGCAAAACCAUUGAUUAUUAUAGAAGUUUUCUGAAGCAUACACUUGAUACAUAAGUUGCAGCUUCUCUAUUGACUCCAGUAACAAGAGAAGAAAUCAGAAAGGUUUCAAGCAUAUGCCAAAUGAUAAAGCUCCGGGGCCAGAUGGAUUUCCUGCUGAGUUCUAUAAGGGUGACUGGGCAAUAAUUGGGAAUCUGUGGAGGAGGUUGUGCUAGAGUUCUUUCGAACAGGCAUAAUGCCAAAACAGGUAAAUUCCACAAUUCUAGCUUUGAUCCCUACGCUGCCUGUAGUAGAUCGAAUGAAAAUUUUUUAGACCAAUCUCUUGUUGCAAUGUAUUGUAUUAAGGGAUAUCUAAAAUACAUGCAAAUAGGCUGGCAGUAGUUCUUCCUCUUGUUAUAGGAAAAGCACAAUCAGCUUUUGUUAAGGGUAGGCUAAGAAGUGAUAACAUCUUAAUGGCUUCUAAACUAGUAAAGGAUUAUCACAAAAGUCUAUAUCCUCGAGAUGCGUGUUGAAAAUUGAUUUAAUGAAGGCCUUUGCAUCUAUUGAUUGUGAAUUUUUGUUUAAAGUCCUCUUAGGUAUGAACUUCCCAGCAGAGUUUGUUCAGUUAUUGGAAGCGUGUGUUAGAACACCUAUGUUGAGUGUCUGUUUUAAUGGUGGACUGUGUGGAUACUUUCCUGCUUGUAAAGGGCUUCGUCAAGGGGAUCCCCUGUCGCGCUACUUAUUUACAGUUGCAAAAGAGUUUUUCUCUUGUCUCUUACAUAAUGCCGUCAUCACAAAUCAAGUGCCCUACCACCCUCGAUGCAAGUCUUUAGAGAUUUCUCAUCUGUGUUUCGCGGAUGAUCUAUUAGUCUUCACUAAUGGUUCAGUCAGGGGAGUAAUGGGGAUUAGGAGCUUGCUUGAUGGUUUUUAUAGAGAUUUUGGUUUAAGGUGCAAUGUUGAGAAGUGCCAACUGUUUUGUGCGGGGAUACCAGAUGAAGAGAAGAGUAUGAUAUUGAGGGUAAUAGGAUUUCCAUUAGAUGAGCUGCCUGUCAGAUAUCUUGGUGUCCCUCUUAUCACUUGGAAACUUUCAUCCACAGAUUGCAAGCUGUUGGUGGAUAAGAUAACAACAAGAAUUACAACAUGGCAAGCACACCUCUAGAGUUAUGUUGGAAUACUGCAGCUUAUUUCUUCUGUUGUCACCAGCACAAUGCAAAACUGGAUGUCCCUAUUAUUACUACUAAUGAAGGUAUUGAAAGAGGUGGAGAUGUUAUGUAACAGAUUCUUAUGGGGAGAAGGGAGUUUGGAAAAGAUGAAAAGAGCACUGGUUUCUUGGGAGAAGGUGGCUAGGCUCAAGGCAGAAGGGGGUCUUGGUAUCAGAGACUUCAAAUCAUGGAACAAAGCGUGUGUGAUACGUCAUCUGUGGAAUCUCCUUGCAGAGGCAUGGUCAUUAUGGGUGGCUUGGAUACUUAAGUACAAAGUUAAGCAUCAAUCCAUAUGGACUUUGUCUGGGUCUUUAGGUUCCUGGAUUUGGCGUCGUAUCUUGAAGUGCAGAAGCCUGGCUCAACCUUAUUUUUCUGGAGUAGGAGCUACAUUGGCAUGGGAAGGUAAUAAUCUUGCUCAUUACUCUGUUAAAACUGUCUGGAAUUCAAUCCGUCCUACUUUCCAUACGGUUGACUGGAGUGAAGCUGUGUGGGGAAAGCCGUUUAUACCAAAGCACAGCUUUCUUGUAUGGCUUAUUAUUCUGGACAGAAUCACCACAAAAGACAAGUUAUUGAAAUGGGGGAUAAUAGCUGAUAGGAGUUGUGUGUUGUGCCCUGGUGGAGAGGAAACAAGUGACCAUCUGUUUGUUAACUGUUCUUAUAGCAGGAGUGUGAUUACAACCAUGUUGCAGAAGAUAACACUGGUACCAGGGGCAAAAAGAUUCUGGUCAAGGCAGUCGGAUAAAACAAAGUUGGUAAGGUUGU